AUGAUUAACAAGAUAAGCCUUCCACCUAUCCGGCCGGAGAGCCUUAACUUCAAGUGGGCAGACGUCAAGCGGACAGUGGUGAGGGCCCCGCAGAUUGUCAGACACCGUGCGAAUGUGGGGAUCCACACGGUCGACGAUGACUACGACUACUAUCAGGCGCAGUUGACUGAGCUCGAGCGGAGAUUGGUGUGCUUGGAGAAAACCACCCUUAAGUACAGCGAGAGCAUCCAAGCUCUCCUGACAUCCUCUGUUGCCAUCGGUCAGCAGUUUAAGCAGGUGUUUAGUUCAGACUUGGGCCGUGUUUCGGAGGCGCACCCAAGAUCUCCAAUACCGGACGAGCUGUACCAGUUAUUCGCGUCGGCUGACAGGUAUAUAGACGGGGUAAGCCACAUGGAACCGAAGCUCGCUCAGGAGCUUGAAGCAUGGGUCGGACAGGUACAGUUGUCUAUCCAGAAGUGUCUUGCGUUGAUAAAGCCCAUCAAGAAAUACACCCAGGCGAGGAACAAUUUCUUGGUGGAUUUGGACCGCUACACCAACUACCACGAAUCGGUGAAGAAAAAAAAGGAGUUAAGCACCAAACAGCACCAGUCCAUGAUCAGUAACGAGCGCAAAAUGGAGGUUUCCCAGAGCAAGUACGAAAACGUGAAUAACAUGUUGAAGAAGGAAUUACCCAUUUUUUUUGAGCUUGUGAAGCAAUUCAUUGCGCCCAUCUUUACCGUGACGUACUUUCUCCAGUUGACAAUCGUUUACCAGAUUAACACCAACCUCCACUCGAUUAAGGACGAUUUCAACAUUGACAUGGAAGAGCUACUAGGCGAUGAAAGUUAUGCGAAUUUGGUCAUGUACCAUGAAUUCAAGUAUGCUGGAGCCAAUGAUAUUAUCAAAAACCUUUCAAUUGUGAACUUUCACGAAACAUUUUUGAACGAUUUAGCGGGUAUCAGUCCUCGUAGUCCUUUUUGUGGUAUGCCAGUAAAAGCUGAAUCGCCAGCCAGUCUGGAAGAGUAUUGUGUGGCUGUUUACUCCUUCAGGGCAAUAGAGCCAAGCGACAUCUCUCUUAAGGUGGGUGAUGUGAUAAAAAUUUUGGACAGGUCGGGGGAAUGGUGGACUGGUGAACUUCAGGGCCAGCGAGGGAGUUUUCCCGGUAACUACGUAAAGCUGAUGUAG